UUGGAUCCCACAACUAAAGGGCUCCGGGGUGUUGUGGAAAUGGCCCCUCCUUGCAUUAUUUAAACAACCUUCGUGUCUAAGCCAGAUUUUAGUGACUCCGCAUUGGUGGCUUUCUUUCCUUUCCAGCACUGGAGGCAACUCCUCUCCUGCCUAUUUCUGUCUGCCCCUCCUACCUCCGAGCUGGCCCCCGAAGCCCAGGCUUGAAUUAUUUAAACAAUCCUAGGACUCUUUCACCAAGGAUCCCCGAGGAUUGGAAUUAGUGUUAGAAUUAGGGAAAAGGCUGGGUGGAACCAGCUGUUCAGGGCAGGCCCCCAGAGAAGAGAUUCCUAGCUCUUGUCCCGUCUCCAGUCCCAUUGUCCUUGGCCCUCUGACGAUACUCAGAGAGCUGCUAACCCCAGCCCUGUCAGCCUCCUGAAGGUAAGGGUAACUAAAGAUUUCCCCACAACCCCCCCUCAGACUUCAGGAUCUUCAAAUCUUGCCCCCAUCCCCCCAAUAUUCUUAACCCCGUAAUAGUAAUAAGAGACCCUGAGCUGUCCCAACAUCAUUGUCAUUCUAAUGGUGUUUGGACAUCAUAGGGGUCAUAGAACCAGAGCUGGAAGGGAUGAGAAGUUGUGUAAUCCGACCUCCUCAUUUGACAGAGGUGGAAACUGAGGCAAGCAGAGGUGAAGUGACCUGCCCAAGGCCACUCAGUUAAUAAAUAGGUGUGACUCCAAACUCACGAGCUUCCAGCCCCCUUAUCAUCAUUGUCCCCUUAGUAACAUAUUGAGAUCUACAGCCUAUCCCAUCAUCUUUUAUCUGCCAACAGUAUCUACCCACAUUUCAGGUCACUUGGGUGUGGGAGGGGGCCAAGAUGAGAAGAGGCCCAGCAGCCACCCCAGUGGAAGCCUUCAGCAGGGGUUUAGCCCCACCUGGAGAUCCCAGUGCCACCCCUUCUACCAGUGCUCGGGUUGGGGGCACCGUGAAGGUCUAUCUGCCCAACCAACAGCGCACAGUGGUGACUGCACGGGAUGGGAUGACUGUCUCCGACUCAUUGGACAAGGCACUGAAGGUGCGGGGUCUGAAUCAGGACUGCUGUGCUGUGUAUCGCCUGGUGCAGGGCCGGAAGACAGCAACAGCCUGGGAUGCCGCCAUCGCUCCCUUGCAUGGGGAAGAGCUGACCGUGGAGGUCCGGGCUGACGUCCCCCUUGCAGCAGCCCACAACUUCGCCCGGAAGACGUUCCUGGCUCUUACCUUCUGUGACUUCUGCCGCCGCUUCCUCUUUCAUGGAUUCCGCUGCCAGACGUGUGGCUACAAGUUUCACCAACACUGCAGUGCCCGAGUCCCCACCGUCUGUGUCGACAUGGCCACCGCCCGCCAACCUUUCUACCGCAGUAUCCAGGAUUUGACCGGAGGCCCCGCUGCUCAUGAGGCUCAACCGGACAACCAGGCCCUCUGUGAGCCUCUCACCCCAAAGAGCCCCAGUACCCAACCCCAGACCUCCCAUGGGGAGGCCUUCACUUUCCCUGGGCCUGGAGGCCCAGCCUUGCAGAGGAUCCGUUCUACGUCCACACCCAACGUGCACAUGAUCAGCACCACGAUGCCUGUGGACAGCAGGCUCCUCCAGCAGGUAGGGCUUUCCCCCUUCUCUGAGGACCGAGGGAGCCAGGAAGGUUCGGGAAGGACCCCUCAAAGCAGCCCUGGCCUUGUUUCCCCUCCUGGAAGGAAAUCCCCGCACCCCAAGGCCUCAGCAGAGCCCAUUGAGCGCAAAGCCCCAGCCUCAGCUGAUGACAAGAAGAAAGUGAAGUCCCUGGGCUACCGAGACUCAGGCUACUAUUGGGAGGUGGCCCCAGGGGAGGUGCAGCUGCUGAAGAGGAUCGGGACGGGCUCAUUUGGCACCGUGUUCCGUGGGCGCUGGCACGGGGACGUGGCGGUGAAGGUACUAAAGGUGGCGCAGCCCACUGCUGAGCAAGCCCAGGCCUUCAAAAAUGAGAUGCAAGUCCUCAGGAAGACUCGCCACGUCAACAUCCUCUUGUUCAUGGGCUUCAUGACGAGGCCUGACUUUGCCAUCAUCACCCAGUGGUGCGAGGGCUCCAGCCUCUACCACCACCUCCACGUGGCCGAUACUCACUUCGACAUGGUGCAGCUGAUUGACGUGGCCCGACAGACGGCUCAGGGCAUGGACUACCUCCACGCCAAGAACAUCAUUCACCGAGACCUCAAGUCCAACAACAUCUUCCUGCAUGAGGGACUGACGGUGAAGAUUGGGGACUUUGGGCUGGCCACAGUGAAGACCCGCUGGAGUGGAGCCCAGCAAGUGGAGCAGCCCACGGGCUCUGUGCUCUGGAUGGCCUCAGAGGUGAUCCGAAUGCAGGACAAGAAUCCGUACAGCUUCCAGUCCGAUGUCUAUGCCUAUGGGGUGGUUCUCUAUGAGCUCAUGAGUGGCAGCCUCCCCUAUAGCCACAUCAACAACCGAGACCAGAUCAUCUUCAUGGUAGGACGAGGCUACCUGUCCCCAGACCUCACCAAGGUCUCCAACAACUGCCCCAAAGCCAUGAGGAGACUGCUGGCAGACUGCCUCCGCUUCCAGCGGGAGGAACGGCCCCUCUUCCCUGAGAUCCUGGUCACCAUUGAGCUGCUGCAGAGGGCGCUACCCAAGAUCGAGCGCAGCGCGUCGGAGCCCUCGCUGCACAGGGCCCAAGCUGAGGAGCUCCCCUCCUCCCUGCUGGGGGCCCUGCGCCUCUUUGGGCCCUAGUGGCCCGGAGCCCCCAGGUUGUGGCGCAGACCUAGCAGCAGUGACUCCAGCUUCUUCAGAGCCAGGC